AUGCUGCUGCUCCCACUCCUCCUGAAGGCCACCCUGCUGCGCAUGGCCAAUGGCUCCUACCGCCCCUUCUACAACGGCUUCUACUACAACCACAUCAUGAAUGACAAUGGUGAUGGGCAGGACAAAGUGGAUUACUUCAACGGAGCCAGACUGGUGGUGGAAACCUCCAAAGACCCUGUGUACAGCUACAAUGGUGCCAAUGUCACUCUGCCCUGCCAUUACCGCUACGAGCCUGACCUGGGACCUAAGCGCAAAAUCCGCAUCAAGUGGUCCAAGCUGCGGGACGACUACACCAAAGAGCAGGAUGUGUUGGUGGCCAUUGGCAAGACCUACAUGGCCUUUGGGGACUUCAAAGGCCGUGCUCACAUCCGUCAGGCCAGCCGCCAUGAGGCCUCGCUGGUCAUCAGUGAUGUGCACUUGAAGGACGAUGGCAAAUACCGCUGUGAGGUCAUUGAUGGGCUGGAGGAUGAGAGUGAUGUUGUGGACCUCUGGCUGCAAGGCAUCGUGUUCCCCUACCAGCCUCCCCGCGGGCAGUACAAGCUCAACUUCCACGAAGCCGAGCAAGCGUGCCAAGACCAAGGUGCCAUCCUCGCCAACUUUAACCAGCUCUUCCAGGCGUGGAGCGAGGGGCUGGACUGGUGCAACGCGGGCUGGCUGGCCGAUGGCACGGUGCAGUACCCCAUCCGCCUGCCCCGCAAGCCCUGCGGGGGCGUUCACCUCGCCCCGGGCAUCCGCAGCUACGGCCAGCGCCACCGGCAUCUCCACCGCUUUGAUGCUUUCUGCUUCUCCUCUGCGCUCAAAGGAGAGGUUUUCUACCUGGGCCGCCUGGCUGGGAUGACGCUGGAGGAGGCCAAGCAGAGCUGCCAGGAUGCAGGGGCCGAGAUCGCCCGGGUGGGGCAGCUGUACUCCGCCUGGAAGUUCGUGGGGUUGGACCGCUGCAAUGCCGGCUGGCUGGCAGAUGGCAGUGUCCGCUACCCCAUUGUCACGCCCCGGGCCAAUUGUGGCCCCGCGGAGCCCGGUGUCCGCAGCUUCGGCUUCCCCAGCAAGGGCAGGUUUGGAGUCUUCUGCUACAGAGAGAGAUAAGGAGCCAGGAGGUAUCCUUCUUGGACGAAGGAGGUUUCCAGCCUGCCAGUGCCCAGCGUUGGGCGUUUCCAAGGGCUUUUUUGGGAUUACUGGGGGGAGGUGGGAUAGGGGGAAGUUUUUUCAUUUGUUUGUUUGUUGUUUUUUGUUUGUUUGUUUUGUUUCCUUCCUUUAUAUUUUCCAUAUCUUGCUCAGCAGCUGGAACCUGCAGCUGCUCGGGGUGGCUGCCAGCUGGGCAGUGUGGGACAGUCCCUGCUGUGGGACGUGUGCAAGGAUGAUCUUCAGGGACUACUGCUGUCACCCCACUUGGCCGUGCCACCCCAUGGGUGGUGGCCCCUUCCUGCAGUGGCAGGUUGACACUGACACCCACCUGCCCUUCCAAGCUGGUCCUGCCUCUGAGUUCACGAGACAAGGCCAGGAGGGACUGAGGCAAGGCUGGAUUUGGCCAGAGCAGAGAGCAGGUAUCUCGGUUGCAUCCUGGCCCCUCUUCCCUCAGCCGCACCCGUGUCCUGCUGAAGGAUGCCAUUGUGCCUGUUCCUGCUGGAGCACGAGUGCCUUAUCUCUAUGUGCCCCUUGCCUGGACUCCAUUUGAACUCUGGUGCCUUCUUUAUUUGAGCAUUGGCUAUGAAAAGAUGUGUUUUUCUGGACAUCUUCUAAUAAAAUGGUGGAGAAAGCCCUGGAGUGACAUGGCUGUGUCCCCAUCUCUGCCCCAACA